AGGUAUUUAUUUUUAUAUAUAAGGGGAGGAAGGUAAGAAAGUGCAUAAAGCCAAGAAUCUGUGUAUUCCCGUUCAUGCCAGUUUGAACAAUACCUUCUCCCGAUUGGGACACCCAAAACUCCACAUACACUAUCUCACAGAUCAUCUCUUACCCCAUCACCAACUACCACUGUUCUUCUUCCCAAAUCAACGCGACCCAGAGCUUAAUCCGCUGAUUUCCGGUUCCCAAUCGGUACGCGCUCGAAUCUGUUCGUACGUCUCAUUGUAUAGCUCGUUAAUUGCAGGUUUCCUGUGAGUAUAAUGCAGAUGAACGGGCAGGGGUGGACGUAAAUCCCAUGUCUCUUGCGCCGUCUCUCUUACAUGCACCGCCGCUUGAGUAGCCCGACGUCCUCCGAGAGGUUUCUAGGAUAAAGGCGAGAGCGCGCUGGCAGAGAGGCAAUACCGGAAGGAGCUGAGGGAUAUGCCGAAUCUAGUGGUGAAGGUGAGGAGAGAGGCAAUUGCGGCAUGCAUGACAUGCCCUCUUUGCAAUAAGCUCUUCAGAGAUGCCACUACUAUCUCCGAAUGCCUUCAUACGUUUUGCAGGAAAUGCAUUUACAAGAAGCUUCAGGAUGAGGAGACGGAAUGUUGCCCAAUAUGUAACAUUGAUUUAGGAUGUGUCCCAGUGGAGAAACUGAGAGCGGAUCAUAAUUUGCAAGAUGUGAGGGCAAAGAUCUUCCCUUACAAGAGGCAAAAAGUGAACAAGACACCUGAAAUUGAAAUUGUUGUACCAUCAGUUACAACAAUGCCAACAGCUAGGAGAAAGGAGAGAUCACUUUCUUCAUUAGUGGUGAGCACACCUAGAGUUUCUUCUACUAAAAGUGGGGGGAUGACAGGAAGAAGGUCGAAAUCCAUAGCACGAAAACCAAUGCGAGGUGGUUCCAGUUUUUACAUUGAGAAGCCUACGAAGAAUGAGGAAAAUUCAACAGAAGAUCGGCUUGCUGAGAGCUCUAAGAGCUCACCGGAGACUCUGAACAAGUUCACCAAUAAUAUAAGACUGAAUAAUUCUUCUUCUCAUGCUGAACCAUCAGACCAACCAAAGGCUGAUAGAGGAGGAACACAGUAUGCAGGGAAAGAAGAUUUGUGGAAACCUCUAUCUUGCCUGGUUGAAGCUGCGAACAGGACCAAGCCUUCGAUGUCUAGUUCUUCUCAAGGUUAUGUCAAUGGAGAACCUGUACUUCUUGCUGACAAUGAGGAUCAUACCCGAAAAAUCAAAGAUAAUGGAUACAAAUUAAAUGCUGAAGAAAACAACACUUACGGCAAUCAUGCUCAGCCAGAAUCAGAAAAACCGAAAAAGACGCGAAGAGUUCGAAAGAAAGAUUUAAGUUUUGGAGACUUUGGUGUUUCACCACAAGCUGUAGUUGAUGCAACAACUGCGUUAUAUGAAAGAAGCGCUAAACCAAUCUGGUUUUCGCUAGUGGCUACUGCAAACCAGGAAGGAGAAACACCCUUGCCCCAGAUUUCUGCUUGCUACUUGAGAAUAAAGUGAGUGCUCUUGAUCUAAUACGCUUUCCUCCCUUUUUCUCGAGAAAGUAUAAUAUUCUGUUUCUGCGGAUUCUCCCCUGCUUUUUAUCCUUUGUUUUAUUUUUCAAAUUUACACCAUACAAGCGGUCUGCAGAUGGAGUAGAGAAGCAGAACAUGCACUUGUAUAAUCUAUCCAAUCUGCCAAAUACAUUCAUAGUUUAUUGUAUUUGUAUCGUUAUAUGUUUCCUCAACCUCCUAGGGAUAGAGGAAUCUCACCUUCCCCAACACUCAAGUAGGACAUACUGGGCAUGUUUGGUUGGGACUUCGGCCUAUAUGUUUACUUGGUGUUGAUAGAUGCCUCUGAUGUGACGUCUCCAAAGUUGCAAAACUCAGAAACUUUCCCUGAUUGCUUGGAGUUGUAUUCCAUAAAAAAUACGUGUUCUCUUAAAAAAAAUAGUUUGCAAAGCUGAAUGAUGUGAAAUAAAAUAUUAUCUAUUUGACUUUUAUUGAUGCUGGUUCACCUUCUUUUAUCACAUCUUCUUUUCUUCUUCAAAUAGAUAAAAGUUCCACUAUACACUUCUCAACCUUAGCUAAUAUGUAGAAGGCUUUGAGUAAUAAGAUUAAAUUAAUGUGUACAACAUUGUGCAAUGUUUGCAAUUUGUGGUCCAAAACUGAUGCCUUACAGUCUCCCUCCCCAACUGAAAGGAUAUCAAUCCCAACUGUGAUUUUAUUGAUGUGGAAGUUCCUGUAUUAUUAUAUUGCAAUCAUAUAGUUGUAAUGUACUAUAAUCGCUGAUGGAUGGGAGCAUUCCAGUCUCUUAUAUCCAAAAGUAUUUGAUGAGGAAGUUAGAUCUGAAGAGUGAGGAUGAGAUUGAGAUUAGAUGUAUGGGACAAUCAAUAGCCCCAACAUUACAGCUCAAUAACUUGGUUGAUUUGUGGCUUCAAAUGGCCAAUCCUGAAAAAGUAUCAGCCACAAUCGGCUCAUCCGGCAAGGAUUUCGUGAUGGUUUUAGCAUAUUGUCGUCGUCCGGUUCAACCCCUGUUCUAAAUACUGCUCAUUCUAAAGUUUGUUGCAGUUCUAUGUACGAGUAUUGUUAUAUUAUUAUAUAUCAUGAUUCUAAGCAAUAAUGUUAGCCAUUGGGAGAUACAUUUAUGAUUAUCAUCAUGUUCUUAUAUGCAUUCUCAUUCCAGAUUACAAUUUAGAACUGGGAUGAAUCAAGUAACUUGCAGAUCAAAAUGCCACUCUUCUAUUCAAAACCACAUUCUUGUGGAUGUAUAUAUCUUCACAACAGUUCACACAUACAAAAAAGAAGUGCUUACAGUUACAGAUUCGUUACUCCACUCAUUGGAGAUCCAUUUUUAGGAUACACACGAAGAACAUCACUGGAACCCCCACCAGGAAAAGAGAGCAAUCCGCUCUCCGCUGCUUCAUCUUCGCCGAGAAACAAAUCAUCAUUGGCUCUGAACGCCGCGUGCAACGCAACAACCGCCGCUCCAAUCAGAAGAGAUAGAAGAAGAUUCAGCCAAACGUGAGUCAGUACCAAGCACACCACCGUCACAAGGCUCAAAGCACCCAGUACGACCCUAUCGUCAACCGUGCGGUGGAAGAUGACCAGCUGCGCGUCGCGAAAGAAGUAGAGUAAAAACCAAGCGACGAAGACGAGUAAGAAGACUAUCAUCGACAUUGGGCGCCAUAGGAGGCUGAGGAAGAGUAUGAGGAGCAUUACGAGGGCGUAGUUCACGCGAAAGUAAUUGAGUUUCCGACGGAGCCGAGAAGUUAGGUCGGCGAAAGAAGACGGAAAGGAAUACGAUGAUCGGUGGGCGAAGAGCUCGCGCCAUGGCCGUAGCGGUGCGAAGGACGUAAAGUCGGCGCGGCCAGGGAUUUCGGCCGCCGCCGACCUCGACAUGAAAGCUUCGUAAUUAUAAGUACUACGCAUUUUAUUGUAGUUUCACACUAGAUUUGGGAGGAAGAAGGAACGCAGACCUGAAACCCUAGGCCCGGCGGAGACUCGGAAAAGAACAGAAAAGAAACCCCCACUUUAAUCGACUUGGGUUCUUCAAAGUUAAAAAUGACACCUGCUUUAGUCCACGCAUUUUUC